GACUUUUCAAUUCAAACGUUCAAACUCCAACGGUCACUGACGCUCACACUUUCCUUCUUUCGAAUUUCUGCAUCGUUCUUCCUUUCUAAGCCACAGUUCGUCGUGAUCUUGUGUUGCAGAUCCGUCGGUGAUUUCAUGGAGACUAAAGCGGAAGUGAAUCAACCCGGUAGCUUCAGCACUCCGGUGAAAUUUCAUCCCCAGACGUGCUCGAUUUCGAAGGUGCGAGUUGUCGUUAGGGUUCGACCGUUUCUGGCUCACGAAAUUUCUUCCAGGAAUGGAAAUGCUUCGUCCUGCGUUUCUUUGUUAGAGUCGGAAUCUUCUUUUGAAGAAGUUACUCUUCUUCUCAAGGAUCAGGAAUCCAGUCGGAAAGAGUGCUACAAAUUGGAUGCAUUUUUCGGGCAGGAGGACAACAAUUUGAGUCAGAUCUUCGAGAAAGAAGUUGCGCCACUUAUUCCAGGCUUAUUUCAGGGUUUCAAUGCGACUGUGUUCGCUUACGGAGCUACUGGCAGCGGGAAAACUUACACUAUGCAGGGGAGUGAGCAUCUGCCUGGUUUAAUGUGGCACGCCAUGACCAACAUCUUGGCCAUGUGCAAGUUCACGGGAAGUACUAUAGCGAUUUCUUACUAUGAGAUAUACCUAGAUAAAUGCUAUGAUCUGAUAGAACCCAAAGAAAAGGAAAUCAUGGUUUGGAAUGACAAAGAUGGGCAGAUGCAUCUCAAGGGACUCGGUCAGGUCGAAGUGGACACCAUAGCCAAAUUCAACCAAGUUUUCUCCUCAGCUAUCCAGAGGCGUAAGGUUGCACACACCGGCCUCAACGAUACAUCGAGCAGGAGCCACGGCGUACUCCUGAUUAACAUCUCCACCCCUUCCCAUGAUAAAGCUAGCCAUGUUAUCACCGGGAAGCUUAACCUCAUUGAUUUAGCAGGCAACGAAGACAACAGGAAGUCGUGCAACGAAGGAAUUCGUCUCCAAGAGAGUGCCAAGAUAAACCAAUCUCUGUUCACCCUAUCAAAUGUGAUUUAUGCACUUAAUAACAACAAGCUGAGGAUACCAUACAGGGAGAGCAAAUUGACGCGAAUAUUGCAGGAUUCUCUCGGAGGAUCUAGCCGCGCUCUCAUGGUUACCUGUUUGAAUCCAGGAGAGUACCAGGAAUCCGUGAACACAGUUAGCUUGGCAGCCAGAUCCCGCCAUGUCUCCAACUUUGUAUGCUCAGCAAAUAAGACUGCCAAUUCCAAAGUGAAAGUAGACAUGGAGACAAAGCUCCAAACAUGGCUAGAAUCCAAAGGCAAAUCUAAGAGCACUCAACGGAUGGGACUCUGCCAUUCAGCUAUCCGUGGUAAAACACCGAGCUCGGUUAUUCCUAUGAGGAGAUUAAAUACAUCUGCUGUUAAAGAUCAAUCUGCAAAACAAAGAAGUCCAACCACAGCAAGCAGAAAUCUAUUUCUUGUUGAGGGUAGCACUGAUCAUAUCGACAAGGCUAAAACUGAAGCUGCUGCUGAAACUAACAAGAAAAGGGCUUCUCUAACAGAUGAAUCAUUGUUUGUUGAUGAUAACGAAAAAGAAGAGCUUUAUAGCCCCCAAAGAAAAGCCCUUUCUCCUAUAAACUCCAACGUCGACAGCAUAAACUCCUGCCUCAUUAUCCCUUCAGAUCCCAAGACUCCUAAUUCACACGCCGUUCUCAGAAGCGGAGCAAACAAUAUCCAGUGGUUUGGUACCCCACUCGAUAAGUUCACUGCUCGAAGCUCUAACUUAAAGAACUCUCUUGUCCAAGAUUACAUCGAGUUCUUGAAUACAGCCAGCAGGGAAGAGCUCCUGAAGUUGAAGGGAAUCGGGGAGAAGAUAGCCGAGUACAUUGUGGAGUUAAGGGAAACAAGCCCUUUGAAAUCGCUGAGUGAUCUUGAGAAGAUAGGCUUCUCGACAAAGCAGGUGCACAACAUGUUCGGAAGGGCCGCUAGAGGAGUGUUCUUCGAAGGCGACGCCGUCUAGUAUGUAUGUAUGUUUGUGUUUUUUAAGCUUCAUCAUCAAUCUUUAUUGCUAUCAAUGGAGGAUAUACAUAUACAUACACACAUACAGUGUAAGUGUGUAUCUAUUAUCUUUAUGUGUUUUGUGUCUUCUCCUUGCUCUAGUAUUUAUCAGUGUGUGUAUUUUUGUUGUAGGCAUCAAAGGCUCUUUGUAUGUUUCAUUGUAAUAUAUAUAUAUAGUUGUUUAAAUUAAAUUACUAGUGCUUGAUGAA